AUGGGACAAAGAGAAUAAAUGAAAUAGAAAUAUCUCUUUUAGUAAUAAAGAUAGUGGGUGUAAUGAUUGAUGUCAGUUCAUUCGGAUACCAUUUCUGGUAUUGUGAAUUAAUGAUGUCUCUUGUGUUAUAAAAAAAUAAAAAUAAAAAAUCUAUACGAGAAAAGAGUAACGCCCUGAGUCCCAGUGCCAAGCUUAUGUAAAUGGAGAAUGCUUGCACCAUAUUGGGCUAGCGCCUAGUGGGCUGGGUGGUAUUACCCUCAUAGUUUCCACUGCUUUCUAUUCUCUAUUGACUCUUGCAUUUGUUCACUUUUCUGAACACUGUAUACAGAGCAGGGGAGAUGGCAGCGGCGUCGUUUAGAUGGAUAUUACAGUUACACAAGGACGUGCCAAAAGCAGCUCGUUUCUACUCCCAUGGAUUGGAUUUCACUGUAAAUGUCUGCACUCUUCGCUGGGCUGAACUUCAAUCUGGCUCUCUUAAGCUUGCCCUCAUGCAAUCUCCCAAUGAUCACGUUGUGCAGAAAGGGUAUUCUUCUAUGCUAUCGUUUACAGUGACUGAUAUUAACAGUACAGUGACAAAACUAAUGGCCUUAGGUGCUGAACUAGAUGGUUCAAUCAAGUAUGAAAUCCAUGGAAAGGUUGCAGCCAUGCGAUGCACAGAUGGCCAUGUACUAGGCCUCUACGAGCCUGCAUAAGUGCUCGAGAUACAAAUCAAUUUCAAUGACAGCCAAUGUAGUGGGUGCAGCCGGCUCUUAUGGUGAUAUCUUCCAUUCUCUUGUGGACAUCGAGAAAACAUAGGAAGCCUCUCCUUUCUGUGGAUUUCCCUCAAUAAUUGAUAGUGUUUGGUCAUCCAGAUCUAUCAAUGCUGUGCAGAGAGUAUAUAGUGUUGGACCUGAAAAUAUGGCCAAAAUGUUAAGUACACAUUAUUGGAGAGGAAAUGGGUUCGAAUUAUCUUCUUGAUUACCUGUCAUGUAAAUAGGGUAUUUUUUGUCAUCCAUGUCACCAAGAAGAGACAGGAAAUCAUCUGCUGAUCCUUUUGGCAGCACAGUUGCUCUUUCUUGCCUGCUAGUUGAGUUGUCAUCUUGUACCUUUGCAACAAGCUUAUGAUUUUAUAUUUCAUUAUUGAAAUUAACUCAUUAGAAAUA